AUGGACGCACAGCUCAGAGCCCCCGGCGGUCAGGGACCGCAGCUCCUGGACAUCAGCGCCAACGCUCCCCCGUCUGAAGCCAAAGGUGGGGAGGAGGAGGAGGAGGAGGAGGGGGGGAGCAGCCGGCAGGGGAAGCCGCCGUACUCCUACGUGGCUCUCAUCGCCAUGGCCAUCAAGGACAGCCGCGACAGGCGACAGACGCUCAGCGGGAUAUACGACUACAUCAUCUCCAAGUUCCCUUACUACGAGAAGAACAAGAAAGGCUGGCAAAAUAGCAUAAGACACAAUUUGUCUCUCAACGAGUGCUUUGUCAAAAUGCCCCGGGACACCGCGGGGGACAGGAAGGGCAACUACUGGACGCUGGACCCCGCUUUCGAGGAUAUGUUUGACAAGGGGAACUACCGGCGGCGGAGGAGGGUGCGGAGACCCUUCGGACCGCAGAGCGUGCCGUGUCUGACCGGGAACGCGGUGGACUACCCGGGGCCGCUCUACCUGCAGCCCUACGUGAGCGGCUCCUGGGGUCUGUCGCAGCCGGCCGCCUACCCGACACCGCACGUCAUCCCCGGGCACCCACGCAGCGCGUCCCCGAGCGGCCCGAUGACCUCCUACUGCUCGCCCCCCCACUUCCAGCACGCUCCCUACGGCGCGUACCACCGCCACCCGGCCGUGCUGGUGCCGCACAACGCGUGUCCCUACGGCGCGGUGCCUCCGCCCGUGAGCCCCGGCGGAGGCACCGUGUCAGUGGCGUGCAACUACCAGCAGGUCUCGAGCUACGGGAGGCACGCGGAGCAUUUGCGAGUUUAUUCGUAUGAUCAAUAG